AUUGCGCAUGCGCGCGAGAAUUUCUGAGAGCGCACUGCGUGCUAGAGGAGAGUGAGUGAGCCUUCGGAGUCUCGUCCUUUCUUACGUAGUAUUUAACACAGAGCAGGACAGCAGCAUAACACUAGAUAACAACCCACUACAGCAGAGCACGGCACAGUAUUAUAGUGUAGUUUCGCUCCCGGCGCAGCGCCACUUCUGAAAAUGCCGAAGAAUAAAGGUAAGGGAGGUAAAAACCGGCGACGUGGGAAGAAUGAGAACGAGUCGGAGAAAAGAGAGCUGGUGUUCAAGGAGGAUGGCCAGGAGUAUGCUCAGGUCAUCAAGAUGUUGGGGAACGGGCGGCUGGAGGCCAUGUGCUUCGAUGGCGUGAAGCGGCUUUGCCACAUCCGGGGGAAGCUACGCAAAAAGGUCUGGAUUAACACAUCUGACAUCAUACUGGUGGGACUGAGGGAUUAUCAGGACAAUAAGGCUGAUGUCAUCCUCAAGUACAACGCUGAUGAGGCACGCAGUUUGAAGGCUUAUGGAGAGCUGCCGGAGCAUGCCAAAAUAAAUGAGACGGACACGUUUGGGCCUGGAGACGACGACGAAAUUCAGUUUGACGAUAUCGGUGAUGAUGAUGAAGACAUUGAUGAUAUCUGAAGGAACCCCACUUAUGAAAAGAGUGGCAAGUUCCCCAUAAGACCCAAGAGGAGACACUAAGCAAUGACUCUCCACGUAGCCCCACAAUUCCUCAUCAUCUCCCUGAUUUUUUUUUUUUUUUUUAAUGUAUUUAUAUUCUGUUUUGGUUAAUGUCAAACACAGAGUAUUUGUAUUCACAAUAAACACAUAACCUGUUUUGUUUAGUCCUGUACUUUGUUUAAUAAUGGAAUCAUGACUGGUUC